UAAAAAAAAAAAAAAACAAAAAACAAAAGAGAAAAAAGAAAUGAAAAGAGUAUUUAUUUUUAAUUGAGAAGGAACUGAACAACUGUGGAGGUUAAACAAAUAGGGAGAGUUUAUUUUUUCUUUUACAGGUCAUGAGGCCAGUUAAUGAUUAGUGAGACCUAAGUGAGUGCUUGGUGUUCGAAGCUGUGAGAGACUGUGGGUAUAUGUGAUCUCUUUGGCAUUGCAGUCGGCUUCCCCCCAGCUCUGAGACUGCCAGCUCAGCGAUGCACCCAAGCCUUUGGGAGAGAUGCUUCUGGUUGUUGGGGCUCCUUUUGGCGCUUAGUGUCGAAAGUGCGGGAGAUGUACCUCCUACCCAACAGCCGAAGUGCACCGACUUCCAGAAUGCCAGUCUUCUCCGAGGCACCAGUCUCAAAGUCCAGUUUCUCCUCUUCACCCCUUCAAAUCCUAGCUGUGGGAAGCUAGUUGAAGAAAGCAGUGACAUCCAAAACUCUGGUUUCAAUGCCACUUUGGGAACCAAACUAAUUAUCCAUGGAUUCAGGGCUUUGGGAACAAAGCCUUCCUGGAUUGAGAAAUUCAUUGGGGCCCUUCUGCGGUCAGCAGAUGCCAAUGUGAUUGCUGUGGACUGGGUGUACGGCUCUACAGGUAUCUACUUCUCAGCCGUGGAAAAUGUGAUUAAGCUGGGACUCGAGAUCUCCCGUUUCCUCAGUAAACUUUUGGUGCUGGGUGUGUCGGAGUCUUCAAUCCACAUCAUUGGUGUUAGCCUGGGAGCCCAUGUUGGAGGCAUGGUGGGACAUUUCUACAAAGGCCGGUUGGGAUGGAUCACAGGCCUGGACCCUGCUGGACCAGAGUACACCAGAGCCAGCCUGGAGGAGCGCCUAGACGCUGGAGAUGCUCUUUUUGUGGAAGCUAUCCACACAGACACUGACAAUUUGGGUAUUCGAAUUCCUGUCGGACAUGUGGACUACUUCGUCAACGGAGGCCAAGACCAACCUGGUUGUCCCACCUUCAUUCAUGCAGGCUACAGUUACCUGAUCUGUGAUCACAUGAGGGCCGUGCACCUCUACAUCAGCGCCCUGGAGAAUUCUUGUCCUUUGAUGGCCUUUCCCUGCACAAGCUACAAGGCCUUCCUCGCUGGACACUGUCUGGAUUGUUUUAACCCUUUUCUGCUUUCCUGUCCAAGGAUCGGGAUGGUGGAACAAGGUGGUGUCAAGAUAGAGCCACUUCCCAAGGAAGUGAGAGUCUAUCUCCAGACAACUUCCAGGGCUCCAUACUGUGUGCAUCAUAGCUUCGUGGAGUUUUACUUGCAGGAACCAAGAAACAAGGACACCAGCAUCGUGAUCACUUUCCUUAGUAGCAAUGUCACCUCCUCAGUCAAGAUCACCAUACCUCUCUGGAACCUGCUGCAGAGGGAGCCUGAGAAAUGUGAUUUGCAGGAGAACGGAUGGAGCACAAACAGGACAAUGACCAGUGUGCACACAGAAAUGCACAAUUGUCAACAGUGGCAGGUGCUAUGAGAACCUGGAAGAAGGAUCCUGACCGAACCUAGACAGCAACUGCACGGGAAAGGAGUCCUAGCUCACCCCGAUCCUCAGUGCCAGAUACACCAAGUGAACCUCAAGUUUCAGGCCUCCCACCGGGCUUGGAGAAAAGACCGUACUACAAUCGUUGGGC